UCAGGGAUCCAGCGAAUGGAGCAGCAACAGAAACAGAAGAUUUCUGGGGUUCUGGAACAAUCACACAACCUUCAGUCCAAGAUCACAUCCCAGUUUGCUGAACUGCACCAGAUUCUCACUGAGAAAGAGCAGCGCACACUGGCAGAUAUCCGGGAGGAAGAGAGGAAGAUUCUAAAUACAAUGGAGACAAAUCUUGGAAAGAUUCAAGAGAAUUUAGAAUCCAUUCAGGAGGAACUCUUAAAGUUGCAGCAACAGAUGGAUCAAAAAGACAGUGUGGUGUUUCUGAAGGGGGAAGCUGGUCGCAAGCGAAGGGUUCGUGAUGAAGCCAAACCACUGUCGGUGGUAGAUGAAGCCUUGCCGAUUGAAAAGUUUCAUUGCCCUGUUUCGUUCAACACGGCAUUCAAAGAAACAUCUGAUGACCUCAAGUCCUACCCUGCACUACAGUUUGGUGAAGUGAAAGUGCGCAGUCAGAAAACGGAGAAAGCUGGUCGCAAGCAAAGGGUUCGUAAUAAAGCCAAACCACUGUCAAUGGUGGAUAAAGUCUUACCGAUUGAAAAGUUUCAUUGCCCUGUUUCGUUCAACACGACACUCAAAGAAAUACCUGAUGACUUCAAGCGAGUCUCCGUCACCCUGGAUGUGGAAACAGCGAGUCCGUGGCUCGAGGUGUCUGAGGAUCGGAAGAGGGUGAGAUGGACCGGGACCCGGAGGAGUCUCCCUGACACCGGGAAGAUGUUUACAGGCUGGGAGUGUGUGCUGGGAUCGGAGGGAUUCACAUCGGGGAGACAUUACUGGGAGGUGGAGGUGGCGGGGAGUCGGUGCUGGAGGCUGGGAGUCGCCGCAGAGUCUGUGGAGAGGAAGAGAGGGGUCGACAUGACCCCGGAGACUGGAGUCUGGAGCAUCGGGCGGUGGGGUGACGAGUUUGAUGCAUUCACCUCCCCUCCAUCCCCUCUCCCCGCCCGUCCCAUCCCCGGGAGGGUGGGAGUUUAUCUCAGUUACGAGUCCGGGACAGUUUCAUUUUACGACGCGGACACCAAGUCCCAUCUCCACACCUUCACUGGGAAUAAAUUCACGGAGAAACUUUAUCCUUUCUUCUGGACUUGGGGUGGAAACUGGCUGAGAAUCUGCUCCGGUUCCGCUCCGGGUGUGUAAAAUAAAAUGUAAAUGUGGGAAGAGUGAAAUAAACAGCCACUGAAAUCAG